CAACCAGAUCAUUUCAAUUGUGAGUCUCUCCAGUCUCUCCAGUCGAACCCUGCAGUUCCCACCGGGCGGCUGCUGUACCAUUUUGUCCGUUCCCUUGUCCGAUCGAUCUCGUGUGCGCUCAAUCUCCCCGCCAAUUUGUUUGUUUUCUUUGUUUCUUUUCUUUUCUUUUAAAAGUUUCGAGUAUUCUUUCAUCCUGAUCACUGCCGAAGAGGAAGAGGAAGAGGAAGAGGAAGAGGAGGUAGAGAUGGCAGUAGACGAAGCUAAUAAGCAGGAGUACGUCCCCAAGAAGAAGAAACCAUCAGAGGAAGACGAGAGGAGGAAAAAGGUCACUCCUGGAAGCUUGAUGAAAGCAAUCAUACGACCUGGCGGUGGAACUGAGCAUCCUGGGGAGGGAGAUCAGGUUGUUAUCCAUUGCACCACUCGUACCUUGGAUGGAGUUAUCGUGAAUUCUACAAGAUCUGAACAUGGAGGCAAAGGGAAUCCUGUCCGGUAUAUCUUGGGGAAGAGCAAAAUGCUGCUUGGAUUUUGUGAAGGCCUUCCCACCAUGUUAAAGGGUGAAGUGGCAAUGUUUAAAAUUAAGCCAAAUUUACACUAUGCUGAGGAUGACUGUCCCCUUCUGGCUCCCGAUGGCUUCCCAAAAGAUGAUGAACUUCAUUUUGAGAUUGAGAUGUUAGAUUUCUACAAAGUCAAGGUUGUUAGUGAAGAUUUGGGGAUCCUUAAGAAGAUUAUUAAUGAGGGCCAAGGAUGGGAAUCUCCAAGAGAACCUUAUGAAGUAAUAUCUUGGAUUUCUGCAAUGACGCUUCAUGGGGAGGUAAUUCUUCCAUGUGCAAAGGAACCAUUCCACUUCACUUUUGGCAAAUCAGAGGUACCCAAGGGUCUUGAGAUGGCAAUUGGAACAAUGACUCGAGGAGAGAAGGCUGCCGUAUUUGUUUCAAAUGCCUACUUAACUGAAUCUCCUCUCAUGAAUAUAACAGAAGACCUUGAAGGCGUUCAGUUUGAAGUUGAAUUAGUUCAUUUCAUUCAGGUGCGGGAUAUGCUUGGUGAUGGCCGUCUUAUAAAACGGCGGAUUGUUGAUGGAAGAGGCGAAUUCCCGAUGGACUGUCCUCUUCAAGAUAGCCUGCUAAAGGUGCAUUACAAAGGCAUGCUCCUUAAUGAGGAAAAGACUGUCUUUUAUGAUACCAGAGUCGAUAAUGAUGGUCAGCCAUUGGAAUUCAGUUCUGGUGAAGGACUUGUUCCUGAGGGACUUGAAAUGUGUGUGCGCUUAAUGCUUCCUGGAGAAAUAUCUGUUGUCACUUGCCCACCUGAUUAUGCUUACGACAAGUUUUUGAGACCUCCUAAUGUUCCGGAAGGUGCUCAUGUUCAAUGGGAGAUUGAACUACUUGGUUUCGAAAUGCCCAAGGACUGGACUGGUCUAAACUUUCAAAGUAUAAUGGAUGAAGCAGAUAAAAUAAAAAGCACGGGAAACAGGCUAUUCAAAGAAGGGAAGUUUGAACUGGCUAGAGCAAAGUAUGAGAAGGUGCUUCGAGAAUAUAAUCAUGUAAACCCCCAGGAUGAUGAAGAGGGGAAGGUUUUCUUGAAUUCAAGAAAUUCAUUACAUUUGAAUGUAGCUGUCUGUUACCAGAAAUUGGGGGAGUACAGAAAAUCAAUAGAGACUUGCAAUAAGGUGUUGGAUGCAAACCCUGUACAUGUCAAAGCUUUAUAUCGUCGUGGGAUGGCCUACAUGCUAGGUGGAGAUUUUGAUGAAGCAAAGAAUGAUUUUGAAAUGAUGAUAAAGAUUGAUAAAUCUUCAGAGCCUGAUGCUACUGCUGCCAUUCUCAAACUGAAACAAAAGGAACAGGAAGUGGAGAAAAAGGCCAGAAAGCAGUUCAAAGGGUUGUUUGACAAAAGGCCAGGAGAAAUAGCGGAAGUUGAAACAGGUUCAACUGAAGAACAGUGUCUGGAUGAGGAGGACGAUGAGCAGGUUAAAUUAGGAAAGCAAAGUCAGGCAAAUGAUGCAGCAAAUCAAGAUGGAAACGGGGAGGUUAGGCGAGCUGUUGAAGUCGAUCGGAAAGGACUGUUCUCUAAUUUAAGGCCUUCAGUAAGGGGAUUCUUUAUAGCACUUGGAUUUCCGAAAUGGUCAGUAGUGAUGUUAGGGAUGAUACUUUUACUUGCAACCCAGCUUGCACUAGUCUUCUUCGGUCAAGGUGGUGGUUUCCGACUUGGUUAAAUUUAUAUUGUAGAUUAUUCUAUUUUCUUAAUUUAGAGCAAAGGCUAUAUAUAUAUAUAUAUAUAUAUAUAUUACUUUAUAAAUGACAAGCCUGAAUGUUAAAUGGCGACAUGGAAUUAGACAACUGCUUCAUGGAUGUACUAUUUGUAUUCUACCUCCGUACAAGGUUGUAUUGCAUAAGACUAACUAUAUAUCUAUUGGGGCGUUUAGUUCGCGGUAAUGUAAAAAGAUUACCAUGUAUUACGUGAUAAUCUGAAAAUAUUACUAUAUUUAGUAUUGCACUGGUGGUAAUGUGG